AUGCCACGACGCGACCGAGCCUCUACCAAGUACAUCAAGUCAAAAGAGCAAGAGGAGAGGAUCGUAUCAGCCAUCGAGGCUUUCAAGAAUGAAGCAAUUUGUUCAGUUCGCGAAGUGGCGCGCCGUUUCAAUGUACCGCGUACAACUCUUCAGAGCCGACUCGACGGCCGACGAAACCGCGCAGAUAUUCGCGGAAACUCCCAUAAAUUAACGGAAGCCGAAGAGGAAUCCCUUGAAAGAUGGAUUAUCUCUAUGGAUGAACGCGGAGCAUCCCCGGGGCCUUCCUCAAUACAAGAAAUGGCGAAUCUCCUCAUCCACCAGCGCGGAACCAGCCCGGGUCUUCCAGUCGCCAAGAAUUGGGCAUAUGCAUAUAUGCAACGGCGUCCUAUCCUCGCCUCCCGAUUUUCACGCUAUAAUCACGAGCGCGUGUCGUGCGAAGAUCCGAAAGUUAUCGACGAAUGGUUUGAUCUCGUCCAAAAAACCAUCGUUCAAUAUGGGAUCACCCCCGAGGACGUUUAUAACCUCGACGAGACCGGUUUCGGGAUGGGACCCGUUGAACGCGCGAGGGUUGUAAAAAGGGCUGAAUACUGCUGUCUGAAAGCCAUUUUAGAUCCUGUAACCACGAUUGGAGGCAGAUUUGACAACGAAGCUCAGCCCCUCGAUGGGUUUCCGGAUGAAUUGCGUUGUGAGGUUAGUCCUGAUGGCUGGACUACGGAUGAAAUCAGCCUUCGCUGGCUCGAAAAGCUCUUUAUUCCUUCGACUACUUCGCGUACGAAGGGCAAGUAUCGACUUUUGAUACUCGAUGGCCAUGGGAAACAUUUGACCCCGAAAUUCGAUGAAAUUUGCGAGAAAAACAGCAUUAUCCCAAUCUGUACGCCUCUGCAUUCUUCAUCUCAUCUCUUACAUCCUCUCGAUGUUGGGUGUCUUGAUAUCUUCACACGGUCAUAUCGUCGGAUGAUCAGGAACCUGCAGGCCGGACACAAUUACAUCAAUCCACGUGAUCUCCUCAACGCAUACCAUUCUUUCCGCAAAGAAGCCUUCAAACCGGAGACUAUUGUGAAUAGCUUCGCAGCAGCUGGUUUAAUACCCUUCUCACCCGAUCGAGUGACUUCAAAGCUCGGUGUCCAACCUCGAACACCCUCCCCGGCCCCCAGCCUGGGUAGCGAUUGUGAACCAGACACCCCAAGGAACCUCGCCGAAAUACGAAAGCUUGGUAACAGGCUGAAGGCAUCACUUCGGAAGAAUCAUCCAAACGCCCCGAGCUGGCUGUUCCCUCUGUUAGAUGAGAUGUGUGAGGAUACUGAAGCCCUGGCGAAAUAUAACGAGGCUGCUCGGAAGAAACUAAGGGAGUUACACGCUGAGAACGCUAGGCUAGACCAAGAGGCUGAGAUCGAGAAGCUACUUGGAGAGCGCAGUCGAUCGACUAGCCCAAUAUCUCCGGAAGAGGAUUUCUCAAUUCCGGAGCGUCCCGAGCUAAGUGUGGAGGAAAGGGAGGCCCAGGUGGCGCGUGGUAAGGCCUGGCGUGAGCAGGCUUUGGCUUGGAAACGUUCAAGGACGCGUCCACGGAGCAAGCGAUUGUGUGGAAUUUGCAGGCAGCCGGGACAUAGGAGAGAGACAUGUCUGGAAAGAGAUAAUAGCUAG